GAUGAUUAACAUUCCAACUGCGAUUCUGUGCCGCUUGGGCGCCAGAUCGUCGAUUUCCCGCUCCUUUGGAACAUCGAUCGUCACCAAGUCCGAGGCAAAGACGCCAAUCCAGAAGUUCGGAUGGGAAUACCUGUUGAAGCAGCGCUCCAAGAAUCGCCCAAUCGCUCCACAUCUCACCGUCUACCAGCCACAAUUGACCUGGAUGCUCUCCGGAUUCCAUAGAAUCAGCGGUUGUGUAAUGGCCGGAACCCUUCUCGUCGGAGGAAUCGGAUUCGCAGUUUUGCCGUUCGAUUUCACCGCUUUUGUGGAUUUCAUCCGUAGCUGGAACUUACCAUGCGCGGUGACCGCUGUCUUCAAGUACAUCAUUGCUUUCCCCAUCAUUUUCCAUACUCUUAACGGAAUUCGCUUCUUAGGAUUCGAUUUGGCUAAGGGAGUCAAUAAUGUUGGACAGAUCUACAAAUCGGGAUAUCUCGUAUCUGGACUUUCGGCUAUUCUUGCUCUCGCCAUUGUCUUCAACUCUUGCCAGAACAAGAGCAACAAGACUGCCUAGGCACAGAUGCUCCGCCUUCUUUUUUCUUACUCCGCCCCAGCCCUCGACAAUUCUCGUCAAUUUACUUUUACCGUUGAUUUCUUCGAUUUUCUCUCUUUUCCGUAGAUUUACCUCUCCUCUUCGUUUUUUUUUCUCUGUCUAGAAUGUAUAUUAUGAUUAUGAAAACGAAUAAAAAUUU